AUGCCUAAGCGAAGUGCUCAGGAGAAGUUAAAACGAUACAAACGUAAAAUAAGGAAAAUUCAAGAAGAGGAGAGUAAAAAACGACGACUACGACGUGUUUUUGAUUCCUCAGAUGACGAAAAUGUUACAGAUUUGGAUCAAUCCGAAUCAUUCGGACUUAUGGAUGGACAAACUGAGGCUCCGAUUUCCAUGCCGGAAUGUCAACCAGAUGAGCCGGACGAACCACCACCGGCGUCUCCGACUCCAAAACUAUCAGAGUCCGCAGACGGGGCGCAACCUGAAGACUCGCAAGUACCGAACACAUCACCUACGGAGGUCACGCCCGAACCGGAACAGACCUUAGAUCCCGAGCUAUUAUCGGCUUUAGGUGCUUCCACCUCAGACACGCCAGAAUUCGGGGAAGCUAUUCACGACAGCUUAGCGACUUUGUGGCUCCCUUUGCUGCGGAAAGGAUUGCCCAAAGACGAGAAAGACAAACUAGUUAAGGACCAUUUGAUUCCCAGUAAUUGUAGACUUUUACAGUCACCAAAACUGAACCCAGAAAUUUCAGCGGCUGUUUCUGAGAUUGUCAGAGGUCGUGAUAAAAAACUUGCUGGUUUCCAACAAACGCUCGGGAUAGGUAUCUCCGCAAUGAACCGAGCUAUGGAUAUUUUACUCAAGUCUGACGAUAAAAUAAAAUCUUUGAAAUAUCUCAGUGAUAGCUGUCGUCUUUUAUCCGACUUACACCAUUCUUUUACUAAAGACAGAGUAAAACUUGUUACACCAAGUUUAGAAAAGAGCGUCCUACACGUUAUUCACGACGCAGAACGCGAUGACACGCUUUUCGGUAGCUCGUUAGGGGAGAAAAUUAAAGCCUGUAAGGCUAUAGAAAAGCAAGGCCAACAAAUUAGAAAAGUUGGCUAUCAGGCUAAACAGAAUGCCGCUCCUCAGCCCUCAACAAGUCGUCCUGUCCAUCAGGGAAAUUGGACAGGACCUCCUCGCUACCCUUCAAACAGAGGGGGACGGGGAGGUCAGCAGAGGCCAGCACCGAAAGUGGUUCGUCGGACUUAUCCCUCGACGACAACCCAACAAACGCCGUCGAAGAACUUCAACCAAUCCAAGAACCGUGCCAACGCACAGCAAUAGUGCAGGGAGUACCAUCCCCUGCACAACACUCUUAUCCUGGGUGCCGCGAAGCUCUGCGGACGGCGUUUGCACGCAGGGACGUCCCGCCUGCCGCGCUUGACCUAAUGUUAGCGUCGCUAUCCGACAACACUGUCAAACAGUAUAGCGUCUCGAUAAAACUCUGGUGGCAAUUUUGUAUGGCUAAUAACAUAGAUAUUUUUGACAACACCAUUUCUCAUGUGUUAUCCUUUUUAACAGAACAGUUCAAUAAGGGGUGUUCGUAUGGGUCCCUUAACAGCCACCGGUCGGCAUUAUCACUUCUUUUGGGAGACAAAAUCGGUUCUGAUGAUCGGGUCAAACGUAUUCUUAAAGGAGCUUACAAAAUUAAACCUAACCGACCCAAGUAUCAUUCUACUUGGGACCCUCAAGUAGUACUUAAUUACAUAUCAAGUUGGCAUCCAAAUUUAGAAUUAACUCUGGAAAAAAUUACAAAGAAAUUAACCGUUCUUCUAGCACUGUGCACAGCGCACAGGGUUCAGACUAUUUCACUAAUCAAGAUUGACAAUAUUGUAAUAACAGACAGCGGCGUUAAGAUACCCAUCAC